GUCGACUGACUGAUUAAGAUGGCUUAUGACGAGUAUGGCGAAGAGAUCCGGCGCCUCUUCGUCCCCUCUGAAGACCCAUGUUCACGGCUUGUACCUCUACAACAGCUCGUAGUCUAUGACACCUCAAAGCAGAUCUCGCAACUACAAAUGAAAGUCCUAGCAAAACCAGACCCUUUCCCAAACCCAAGCAGUAUGGUCGUAUACAUCGACGGGGCAUGUCGCAACAACGGCACUCCCACCGCCCGAGCCUCAUAUGGCGUCUACUUUGGCCCCAACUCUCCCUACAAUUCGUACGGACUUCUGCCCGCUUCUCGCCCUCAGACCAGUACGCUCGCAGAAAUCGAAGCUCUCAGUCAGGCGCUCAAGAUUAUCAGCGAAGUCACGGAUCGGGACUUCAAGCUAUCAGAGAUCAAGCUCGCUACGGAUUCGAGUUUCCUAGUGGACUCUAUGAGCAAGUGGAUGGAGCAGUGGAUUGAGAACGAGGGUGUCGGGUCUAGGGGAACGCGCGUCGCGCACUUCGAGGUCCUAAAGCAGUUGCAUGACAAGCUGGAUUAUAUGGAGUAUAGUGAUGAAGGCGGGGGUAGGGAGGUGCAGUUCUGGCACAUACCGAGGGAGAUGAAUAGGGAAGCAGAUGCUUUGGCGAACAGGGCUUUAGACGGGGCAUGAAGGAACAUAAAGCUGCUCUUCUCAAUUGAACGAUCAUUUUAAUGGCAAUGCAAUGCAACAACGCCAUCCGCCA